UGUCGUCCUGGUCAAUUCCGGCAUGACCCUUUAAAGUAAAAUGUAUUUGUCAUGGUCCGGUGGACAUGAUCUUCCCACUGCGGGCCAGGUGUGGAGCUCUUCGCUUGUACUAUCCAACAUUAGAGCACACCAACAUACACUGUGGUAGUGCUAUAGGUAGCAUUGCGAGUUCGGGGUUUCGGCGUUCGAAGCGAUUCGACUUUUUAUGCGAGUUAAGCUCCCAAAUUGACAACAUAGCAUGUAAGGCCAAAUCAUCUCCUCCAGAAUCGCAACGGCGUCGGUGGCGAGGUGUGCAGGUCUCGUUUCGCAGCCUCUCAAAGACCGGAUACUGGUCUCCCGAGCACUCUUCUGGCCGUACGUUGGAAAUGUUGUCUUGGUCUUCCGAACGCUCUCCCCUUUCGGGCCUUUCGCCUCCAGCAUGGGUAUCUGCUACAUAAUGCAGAAUCGUGGUUGGACUGCCUGAUACUGGCGGUGCUGGAAAAGGACGUCGUCUCAAGGCCACACCAGGAGAUGACCCAUCUUGCCGCCCCUCCCCCCUGCGCUGCCUAGAAUGAAAUCACAGACUGUUGUCGGUCUCUUCUCGCCGAAACUGUCCGCUUUUUGUUUCUUCUUGAGGUUGGCAGUAUGGUUUUAUCGAUCGAGAUGGAUGGCGCUGCCUUUUGCGGCCGCUUGGCGACAGAGGUGGGCGUCUAUUGAGAUUUCAUUACUAGCAGGUUAGGAGUUUAUCCAACCCCGUUCUUCCUUCGCGAUUCGCGCUUUGGGAGAGUUCUUGGUCCGUAAGUAGAGGUCUCUGGCAGGUCCGUGCCUGUAAAGGGUCCGUUGUGCGACAGAGAAGAACUUCCCACCACAGCGGGGGUUGUUCUGGAGGGCAGGACACGGUUGCAUGCCUCGACUUAUCCGAACCAAGGUGCGCACACAAGGAUGCUGUAGACGACCAUUUCACCUUUUCCAAAGCCGU